AUGCAGAAGCUGGACAGGAGAAUGUUUCUCUUCACGGGUUCGCUCAGAAACCAGAGCUUUGCCUCGCCCACCUUCCUCAUGACAGGCAUCCCAGGCCUGGAAGGCAGAAGCACCUGGCUGGCCAUCCUUUUCUGCUCCGUGUACGCGGCUGCCAUCUUGGGAAACAGCAUCGUCAUUCUUGUGGUUGCCAUGGCACCUAGCCUCCACAAGCCCAUGUACCUUUUCCUCUCCAUGCUGGCUGGGAGUGAGCUGGGGGUGUCCCUCUCCACCCUCCCCACCGUGCUGAGCGUCUUCCUGUUUGAUGCCAGAGAGAUUGGGAUGGACGCCUGCCUCGCCCAGAUGUUCUUCAUCCACUGCUUCUCCAUCAUGGACUCGGGAGUCCUCUGGGCCAUGGCCUUGGACCACUUCGUAGCCAUCUACAACCCCCUCCAGUACGGCACCAUCCUGACCAACUCCAGGAUCGCCAAGAUAGGCUUUGGUAUUGCCAUGAGGAGUUUCAUUCUAAUGACGCCCUUACCCUUUCUUCUAAAAAGGCUGCCGUUUUGCAGAGUCAACGUUCUCCCUCACCCCUACUGUUUACAUUCCAAUUUAAUUUGGUUUCCUUGUGCUGACACCACAGUCAACAGCCGUUGCGGGAUGUUUAUUGUACUCUCUACUUUUGGGCUCGAUUCCCUAUUUAUUGUCCUGUCCUAUGUAAUGAUAGUCAAGACGGUGCUGGGCAUUGCCUCCAAGGAAGGCCGCCUGCAAGCCCUGAACACCUGCGUCUCCCACAUCUGCGCAGUGCUGGUGUAUUACGUCCCCAUGAUCGGCGUGGCCAUGGCGCACCGCUUCAGCAAACAUGCGUCUCCCCUCCUGUACUCUGUCAUGGCCAACCUGUACCUCCUGGUGCCCCCGGUGGUCAACCCCAUCGUCUACAGCAUCAAGACCAAAGAGAUCCGCAUGGCCCUCAGCAGGUCUUUCUUUCGUAAGAGGUUCUUCUGA